AUGGCUACAAACACAACAUCCCAUCAUCUCUCUCCCCCUCCGUCAACACUGGGCUACGUGAGUAAUGAGAAGGCUGACGACUCGAUAACGCCGAUUUCGAUACAAAGAAAUCCACCCUCACCUCGAACACAAUCUAAAUCUAUAUUAACGGUCGCGCUUCAAAAAGCUCAGAAAGCUGUUCAUUUUGAUGAGGCAAACGAUGUUGCAGCAGCACUUGAAGCUUACAAAGAGACAGUUGAAUUGUUAUCACAAGUUAUAGGCAAUGCUGCAAACGAGGCCGAUCGUCGGAGGUUACAACUUAUUCACGACACAUACGCAGAUCGGAUACGACUACUAUCGACCAUAGUUCUAGAGGCCGAAGAUGAUAAUGCUAGUAAUGUAGAUAAUGAGCCAGACAUAAGUGAAUAUAUACUAAAUAAUGUUACAUCACAAUAUUCUAAUAAUUCAUCUCCUAUCGAAGUUAAUUCUAAUCGUACAACAGAAUCUAAUGGACAAAAAUCUAUAAGUAGUGAUGACACAAUAGAUCAAAAUUCUUCAAUAAAAUACAAUGAAAAUACACCAAGUGCUCAUGUAAAAAUAGACACUUCAAUUCGAGCAAACGGUGGUAUAAAAAAUGGUAUAGAUUAUCAUGUUAACUCAAAAGAUAAUUUUAAAAACGGUGAUCACACAGCACGACCAAAAAGAUUAUCAGUCUUAUCACAUAAAUCAAAUAUUUCAACCUCGACUACUAAGUCGUGGACUUCAUCAAAGUCAACAUAUGAAAACACCACUAAUGGAACAAAAUCAAUCGCUGAUACGAGCGAUAUCGCCGAAUCAGUUACAAGUUCGGACGAUGUUGAUUUUAGUUCUGAUGACUUUGAUUCCAGUGCAAAUUGUUCUGAUGCCCAAAACUUUGAAAUUUCUGAUACGAAAUAUGAUACAUACUUAUCAGAUAUAAAUCAUGAUUCUUCAAUAAAAUCUUGCUCUUCUUCAAUCUCACCUCAAUCCAUUUUAUCACAAGAAUCAAUACAAAAAGAUCCUUCAUCACCACCUUUAACUGUUAAAGAUCCUGUAUCUCUGUUAGAAACAGAGAAAAACGUAUCAUCUAAUCCUGCUCGAAUUUUUACUCCUCCUCCUCCGCCAAAAGUUGCUCCUCCAACAUCCUCAAGCACUAACCCUAAUAUUCGUCCUGAUGGAGUUCCUGUUUUUCAUACUCCACGUCCACCACCAUCUUCUCCUCCUCAGAAUACUUCAAUGCUAGAAAAAAGGGCUACAUCACCAAAGGUCUCAACAACAACAUCCUCCGUCCCAUUAACACGAUCACAAUCUGACGAAGAGGAUGAUAAGGCUUCGGUAAGGUCAACUUCUACCGAGUCAGUAACUCCUUCCUCUCCAUCAACGUCUCAGUCAUCUAUGGAAAAAUUAUUCAGUAAGGCAUUGACAAAUAACAGACGUCCCUCUCCCCUUCCUCUGGUUCAACAAAACAAUUACAAUUCUCGCGUCAUACCUGGGCAUGUUUCUUCGAAUUCUAAUUCUGCACCAGAUUCUCCGAAUUUGUCACGUCCUGCAAGAACUCCACGAAGGACCACCUCAAAUCCUGGCAGUGCUCCUAAAAAAAGUGGUGCUUCACGUUUCUUCAAUCAUUCACAUUCAUCCCAAUCACCGGGAACUCCUGGUACUCCAUGGACAAAUAGUCUUAGUUUCAUCUCACAACCAUUAGGUAGUCCUGGACUUAGCUCUUCUACUCCUACAUUCCGAAGUGACUCUCCAACAGUAUAUUCUACUAGAACUAUUGAUUCUGGUUAUGCCAGCUGUCUUGUGAACCCAUAUCCUACACCAUUAAUUUAUGAUGAUGAUGCUGGCAAUCCUGUUAUGACCAAUUCUGGAAUGUCUGAACUUCCACCUAAUGAUGUGCACUUAAAACCUUUUUGGCUUAUGAGGUUAUUAGAACGUACCAUGACAACCGGAGGCUAUCUAACUCCAAAGCUAUAUAUUCCUAGAAAUUUAUGGUUACAAGGACAUGCAAAGCUGAUUUCUAUUGAUGCUAAAAUUUCUAGUUGUGAUGUUGUUCUUAAUUGUUUAAUGAAGCUUUCAAAAACUUCAGUUGAUGAUAUGGAUACUUUAAUGAAGGUACUAGAAGGUAUAGAACCUAUUAUUGAAGGUCUCCAAAACACCCUUGCCAGGAAAUUGAGUUAUGUUGAAUCGACGAAUGGAAAAGGUCGUCAGAGUACAAGUUCACUCAUGAAUUGGGGCUCAAAAUUGUCUCGUGGCCUUGACAAAAUGGGCAUGAGCAAUGCAACUGUUCGUAGUGAAGAGGCCAAUGAAUAUGUGGAUGUAUUAUUAAAAGUAUUUCAGAAUGUCGAUAUCGUAGCUCCAUAUCAUGCUAAUCACUCCAAAAUUGUCACUCGACUAUUUAAAUUUGCAGACUAUUUUGGAAAUGUUCUUUGUCGGUUUGUUGUUAAAGACUUGGGUGUAUUAGCAGACAAAUAUGUAAAAAAGGGAAGUCAUUGGAUUACUGA